AUGAGUCUAACCACACCCAUGUCCCUCCCUCAAACCAUCAACACACACUCAGAGAAGAAACCGAACCACAAAACCACCUACACAAAACACACAAAUACCUACACAAGGCCCCCCAGUCUUGAUGGAUGUGUGCACUCUGCCCUGCUCAAAGACCCCUUUGUGGGACUUAUAUUUAUAAAGCCAGCCUGCACCUUCUGUUCAGUCCCUUCUUACACUUCCAUCAUGAGAGCCAUAUGCAGUGCCGCUCUCCUUCUGGUCUGCUUCAUUUGGGCCAUCAACGCUCAGGCUCAGAACAGCAGCAACCAGGGGAACAGCAUUAACCACAUCGAGAGCACCCAACACAGCCGACAGCAGCAGCAGCCGAAAGGAAACAUCUGGGAUGAGCCCAUUCGUUUCAGCACCAAAGCAAAAGAUACCUGCACCAUGGUGAUCUCUGGCCAGACCAACUUCACCAAGCUGCGUGUCUCCUGCAAGAGCAAGGGCAAGUCAUACUGGUGCGACUUCCUGGGCAAACCGAACCUCUGCAGAUCGUACAACAGCAACCCUCAGCACUUCUUCACUCAGAUCAUGUGGGAUAUGAGGAAGCUCCACAAUGCCUGCCAGGGACCACGAGUGUACAAGCCACAGAUGUGCCGCUCUGCUUCGGAUGAGGUCCAAAUGGCAUUCCACGCCUCUUGGCCCAAAAUCUCCUUUCCAAAACCAACCCAGGCUUCUCAGAACCAACAAAAGCAACAGCAGCAGGUCAAGUCCAGCAUCACCCCUACCAAACCUCCCAGCCACAAGCAGCAGCCUAAACCACAACAACCAGCCAAACCAGCCUCCAAACCAGUCAAGCCCGCCGUUUCCAAGCCUGUUCCACCACGUAAACCUGCAAAGACCAUCACAGCGAGACCCACUGUGGCAGAGGAGAGUCAAGCAACCAAGAUGGCAGAGGAAUACUGCUGGAAAAGUCUCCAGGGCGUCUGCGCAUACUUCAUUAGCUGGUUUCAGAAUUAA